CACUUUGCCUCCGGAAGAUCAGUCAAGAAAAAACUAUCGUCGAGUGAGGUCUUACGAUUUUAAUAAUAAAAAUAAUUAUAUUCCACGAAAAAUAUAUAUAAAAUGGCAAAGAAAAUCAUUAAUUUCGGUGCUGGCCCAGCCAAAUUACCUGAAGAGGUCUUAAAAGAAGUACAAAAGAACUUGAUUGAUUAUGAGGGAACUGGUCUAAGUGUCAUGGAAAUGUCACAUCGAUCGGCUGGUUACUUUAAAAUAAACGAAGACGCCUUGAAAGAUGUCCGAGAAUUGAUUGGAGUUCCAGCUAAUUAUAAAAUCCUCUUUAUGCAAGGUGGUGGUACCGGAAUGUUUUCGGCUGUUGCUCUCAAUCUAAUGGGUCGCACAGGUACAGCUGAUUACGUGGUGACAGGUUCUUGGUCCGCAAAAGCCGCUAAAGAAGCAGCCCAAUAUGGUUCGGUUAAUCUGAUUUUGCCAAAGGUACAAAAAUACACAUCAGUUCCAAGUCAGAGCACAUGGAAUUUAGAUCCAAACGCAUCAUAUGUCUAUUAUUGUGACAAUGAGACAGUUGAUGGAGUUGAAUUCAAUUUUGUACCAGAGACCAAAGGUGUUCCAUUAGUCUGUGAUAUGUCAUCGAAUUUCCUAUCUCGACCGAUUGAUGUGAGCAAAUUUGGUGUGAUUUUUGCUGGAGCGCAGAAGAAUAUCGGAACAGCUGGUAUUACUGUGGUAAUUGUGAGGGAAGAUCUAUUGGGCAAUCCAAUGAAGAUAACACCAUCAAUUCUGGAUUUCACCAUAACCGAGAAAAACAAUUCAAUUUACAAUACCCCACCGACUUUUAUUGUUCACGUUAUGAGCCUCGUCUUCAAAUGGAUCAAACGCAGUGGUGGCCUCCAAGCAAUGUACAAAAACUCUCUCAUCAAAUCCAAACUCAUCUACGAUAUUAUUGACAAAUCAAACGGCCUAUACGUGUGUCCAGUUGAGAAGGAAGUCCGAUCCCGCAUGAAUGUGCCAUUCAGAAUUGGCAGUGCGGCAGGCGUUGAUGACUUGGAAAAUGAAUUCUUGAAACUAUGCGAAAGCAAACAUUUGAUUCAAUUGAAAGGACAUCGUUCAGUUGGUGGAAUUCGAGCAUCUCUAUACAAUGCCAUGACCAUUCCUGAGACACAAGUUUUGGCUGAUUUAAUGGUUAGCUUCCUUGAGAGCAAGAAAAACCAUUGAGCAAAAUAUACACAAACAGAAUAAUAUUAAUUUUAAGCAAAUUAAAAUGUUAAUGAGAACAUUUAUUUGGACAGUCUUAGUUUAUUAAAGUAAAACAUAAAUAACAUAAAUAAAUCAUUGAAGUAGA